CCAAAAUGUCAGCUGAAAUCAACGUCUGUUGCUUAUGAAACACAAUAAAGAUUGGCCCAUAUGUGCUACAGUAGAGCAAGAAAAUAGAUUCAACAGCUAAUGUCUAGAAACUGAUGGGGAUGUACGCAGGUCGCACUACCAAGAAGACAUACAAAUAAACAUGGGCGCUAUAAGGCUUGUUCAGUUGUUGGCCUGUCUGCUUUUUCUAACUGAAGUCGUAUGUCAAAACACUUCGUUUGUGGCGGUUAUAGUUGGCUUGGAGAGGGACUGCAUCAAUCAUUAUUGCCGGUACACUGGGCGAAUAUUUGGACAUUUCUGGCACCCUUACAAUACCAAACCCAUGGAGAGUGAUAAGCCUUGCAUCAGUUUGGUAGCCCAGGAAUGCCAUCAACUAUCUAUUACAGAUUGUAAUAGAGACCCAUAUUUAUGGGUACGGGCAUGUGUCAUUUGGACCUACUGUCCUAGUUUUAGAAGGUGUCAGGAACAUUCAAUCGAAGACACCUGUUCAUGCAAGACAGGUUCUCCACACUCCAUGGCAGUGAAUCUAUAUGAAGAAGAUCUGUUACGAGCAAUUUUUUUCCGAGUGGCGUUUGUGAUCGAUGAGACAGGUGAAAUAUUUGCUUUAAGCAAUGUAUAUAGCAUCCGGAGACUCCCAGAAGAUUUUGAUCCUCUUUACCUCGAUGAGCGUCAAGGUCAAGGUCAAGCUCACGGUCCAGAACACGUCAAUACGGUGUUGUCAAGAAAUGGUAACCCUCAGCUACACGCAGAUUCGAUCUGUGCCCACAUUGGAACUGUGUGUGCUAUUGGUCUAGCUACGCUCUUGUUUUAGUCACGUGUUAAGGAACAAUUACAUCUGUGAAAAAAAAAACAAGGCCGCCUAAAAUGGAAAACUGUGAACGUAUAAAAAUCACAUUUAUGUAAAGCUAUUAGUUAUACAUGACCAGCGAUAUUAUGUAUAUUUAAAAAUCCAAAAGUAUAUUUAUAAGUAAAAAUAUAUUUGAAAUAUGUUUUUUUUCUUCACUAAAAUUUUCUAGCUUUGAAAUACGGUAUUGUUAUGAAAGCUGCUGGCUUUUAUAAUUCGUACAUUUACUCUGUCAAAACUUAAUUAUUCCACGUGAUUGUGGUUAUAAUUUUUUUUUAAUAAAGCCGCAUGACACAACC